GAGAAUAUUUCUGAAUCACAUACCUCAUAAAGGAAUCUAAUCUAGGCCAUUUCGUGGACGCCGGGUAGGGGAAAGCAUCUGUGGGAGCCGGGCGGAGGAGCGAGGAAGAGCCGUCGGAAGGUGUGCGAAUUUAAGCUGUGGAGUCUCUAAUUCAAGAUCUCGAGAUGCAUCGUGAUUCCUGUCCAUUGGAUUGUAAGGUUUAUGUAGGUAAUCUUGGAAACAACGGUAACAAGACUGAAUUGGAACGAGCUUUUGGCUAUUAUGGACCACUCCGAAGUGUGUGGGUUACUAGAAACCCUCCCGGCUUUGCUUUUGUUGAAUUUGAAGAUCCCCGAUCUUCAGCUGAUGCUGUUCGAGAGCUAGAUGGGAGAACACUAUGUGGCUGCCGAGUAAGAGUGGAACUGUCGAAUGGUGAAAAGAGAAGUCGAAAUCGUGGCCCACCUCCCUCUUGGGGUCGCCGCCCUAGAGAUAAUUAUCGGAGAAGGAGUCCUCCACCUCGUCGCAGAUCUUCAAGAUGGAGAAGCUUUUCCCGCAGCCGGAGCAGGUCCCUUUCUAGGGAUAGGAGAAGAGAGAGAUCACUGUCUUGGGAAAGAAAUCACAAGUCGUCCUGAUCUUUCUCUAGGUCUCGUAGCCGAUCUAGGUCAAAUGAAAGGAAAUAGACCAGUUUUCAAGAGGAGUGGUGUACAGGAAAUAACUUCAUUUGACAGGAGUAUGUGCAGAAAAUUCAAGUUUUGUUUGAGACUUCAUAAGCUUGGUGCAUUUUUAAGAUAUUUUAGCUGUUCACCUUUGUCUUGGAACAGUGACAUGAAGAUGUAAUUCUCUAUGG